AACUCCCGGCAACCCUCGGGCACCAGGGCGGAAAUGCCCCGUUUCCCAUCAUGCCCCGCGGUACCGAGGCGGAAGUGCCUGUCCCUCCCGUCCCCAGGAACUACAUUUCCCGUCGUGCCCCGCGCACGACACCGGAAAUCCAGAGCUGCCCGCGCCGAGGCAGCUCCCGCCCCGGUCCUUGAUCCCAAAUCCCGAUCCCUGAUCCCGAUCCCAGAAGUGGAGCCUUCCUUUCCCCCACGGGACCGAGGAGGAAGUGUCUCUCCUUCUCAUGCUUGGAACUACGUUUCCCAUCAUGCCCCGCGCCCGGGACAGGAAAUCCGUCAUGGCCUCCGGAGCUGCCCGGGCUGAGGCCGCUCCGGCCCCGCCCCGAUCGCGCUCUUGAUCGCGAUCCCUUUUCCCGAUCCCAAUCCUUGAUCCCAAUCCCCGAAGCAAAGCCCUCGUUUUCCCGCGGGACCGAGGCGGGAGUGCCUCUCCCUGCCAUCCCGGGAACUCCAUUUCCCAUCACACCCCUCGGUGCCGCGUCUCGGAACUCCAUUUCCCGUCGUGCCCCGCGCCCGGCACAGGAAAUCCGGCGCCGCCUGAGGAGCCGCCCGGGCCCUCAUCCCAAACCCCAAUCCCCAAAUCCCAAAUCCCGGCCCCGCUCCCGGCCCGGCGGCCCCGCCGCCGCCAUGGGGUGCACGCUGAGCGCCGAGGACAAGGCGGCGGUGGAGCGGAGCAAAAUGAUCGACAGGAACCUCCGCGAGGACGGCGAGAAAGCGGCCAAGGAGGUGAAACUGCUGCUGCUCGGCGCUGGCGAGUCUGGGAAGAGCACCAUCGUGAAGCAGAUGAAGAUCAUCCACGAGGACGGAUAUUCCGAGGAGGAAUGCCGGCAGUACCGGGGGGUUGUCUACAGCAACACCAUCCAGUCCAUCGUGGCCAUCGUCCGGGCCAUGGGCCGGCUCCGCAUUCCCUUCGGGAAUCCCGCCAGGGCUGACGACGCCCGGCAGCUGUUUGUGCUGGCGGGCAGUGCCGAGGAGGGGACGCUGACGGCCGAGCUCUCCGCGCUCAUCCAGCGCCUCUGGAGCGACCCCGGCGUGCAGGCCUGCUUCGGCAGAUCCCGGGAAUACCAGCUCAACGACUCCGCCGCAUAUUACCUGAACGACCUGGAGCGCAUCUCCCAGCACAGCUACAUCCCCACCCAGCAGGACGUGCUCCGGACCAGGGUGAAAACCACGGGAAUCGUGGAGACUCACUUCACCUUCAAGGACCUGUACUUCAAGAUGUUCGACGUGGGCGGGCAGAGGUCGGAGCGGAAGAAGUGGAUCCACUGCUUCGAGGGCGUCACGGCCAUCAUCUUCUGCGUGGCCCUCAGCGACUACGACCUGGUGCUGGCCGAGGACGAGGAGAUGAACCGGAUGCACGAGAGCAUGAAGCUCUUCGACAGCAUCUGCAACAACAAGUGGUUCACGGACACCUCCAUCAUCCUCUUCCUCAACAAGAAGGAUCUGUUCGAGGAGAAGAUCCGCCGGAGCCCCCUCACCAUCUGCUACCCCGAGUAUCCAGGCUCCCAGACGUACGAGGAGGCGGCCGCCUACAUCCAGAGCCAGUUCGAGGAGCUGAACCGGCGGCGGGACACGAAGGAGAUCUACACCCACUUCACCUGCGCCACCGACACGCGCAACGUGCAGUUCGUGUUCGACGCCGUCACCGACGUCAUCAUCAAGAACAACCUCAAGGAGUGCGGCCUCUACUGAGGGACCCCGGGAACGCCCCGGGAACGCGCCGGGAACGCCCCGGGAAUGCGCCGGGAACGCGCCCGGAACGGCUGCGGAGCCGCGGGAACGCCGGGAGGCUCCGGCACAACGACCUUCCUUCCUGGGGACCUCGUGUUGGAGGGGACGUGGAUUUGGGGAAUGGGGGGUUUGGGAGUGGGGGUGGAGAUCACGGAAUGGGGGUGGAGCCUCCCGGCGUCGCUGGAUGGAGAGAUCUCCGUGGAUUCCAGCGGGAUUCCAGUGGGAUUCCAGUGGGAUUCCAGCGGGAUUCCAGUGGGAUUCCAGCCAGACUCCAGCCUGAUUCCAGCCCUUGGAUUCCAGCUGGAUUCCAGCCCAAUUCCAGCCUGAUUCCAGUGGGAUUCCAGCCCGAUUCCAGUGGGAUUCCAGUGGGAUACCAGCCUGAUUCCAGCCCAAUUCCAGCCUGAUUCCAGUGGGAUUCCAGCCUGAUUCCAGCGGGAUUCCAGUGGGAUACCAGCCUGAUUCCAGCGGGAUUCCAACCAGCUUCCAGCCCUUGGAUUCCAGCAAGAUUCCAAGCAGAUUGCAGCCUGAUUCUGGCCAGAUUCCACAUAGAUUCCAGCCCUUGGAUUCCAGCUGGAUUCCAGCCUGAUUCCAGUGGGAUUCCAACCAGAUUCCAGCCCUUGGAUUCCAACGGGAUUCCAACCCAAUUCCAGCCUGAUUCCAGCGGGUUUCCAGUGGGAUUCCAGCCUGAUUCCAGUGGGAUUCCAACCAUCCCAACCAUUCCCAACCAAUCCAGCCCUUGGAUUCCAGCCUCAUUCCAGCUGAAUUCCAGCCUCAUUCCAGCCUCAUUCCAGCCCUUGGCUCUGUAGUUCCCUCUUCCUUCAUUACCUGCCCCGUUAUUCCAUUUUUAAGGUUAUUUUGGGUGUUUUUAUUCCAGGCAGGAAACUGCCCCUUCCCUCCCCUUUGUUCCUCUCAGCCUCGGGUUCAAAAUAAUUAAAAUAAUAAAAAAAAAAAAGAGAAUAAUAAAAACCACACAACUCUCACUCAACUAUGCACGUGGAGAUCCUGCGGGACACGUCCCUCCCGGCAGGAAUUCCAGGAGUUCCUGUUCCUGCAGCUCCCGAAGGAUCCCGGGAGCUUUUCCCGGUGUGACUCAUUCCUGUCCCGCUGCCCUGGGUUGGGAAAGGCUCCUGGGGCAGGAGGAGGAGGGUUGGGCUCCGGGGGGGGGGUUUAUUCCCGGUGUUAUGCCCAGCUUGGCAUUCCCGGCCGGAGCCGAGGGGGGAACUGCAGCUCCCGAGCUCCCGAGCCGCGGAUUCCCGGGCGUUUUUUGGGAUGGGGAGGGGGGAUGAUCCCGUCCUGCCUUUCCCAAGGCCCUCCCAGCCCCGGUUUUCCUGAGCUUGCCUUUCCUUUGUCCGGGUGGUGCCAAAUCCCACAUUUCCCCGCCCGCUCCGUGCGUUCCUCUGCUGAUCCCUGUCUGCAUCCAGCCCCUCUUCCCGGUCCUGUCCGUGUCCAGUCGGAUCCGUUGGAUUUGUUGGCAGUCAUUAAAAUGGUGAGUGAA